AUUUACCUUCUGUUAUUUCCACAUUAAAAAGUUUUAUUUUACAAUAAUGGUAUUUCCUCACACAUACAGAAACGAACACACUGAAACCAUUACAACAAAUUUUACAUACGGCAGUUGGUACGCUGAACAUGUGAGAUUUAAAAUUCCUAUUCAACCCACCCUCCUGAAACUCCUUAAGGAAAUCGAUGGACACGAGAACAAAUUCAGGCACAAUUUGGCCAAAGCUAUAAGCUUCAAAACCAUACCGACAGAUCCAAAAUAUAGCAAGGAAAUUUACGGAAUGAAAGCUUACGUGGAGUCUUGGUUCAGUAAAUUGGGGAUAAGGAAUGAAAGUUUUGAUGUUGGGUCAACGGAAAUUAAUGGAAAGACUAUCACGUUACCUCCUAUUACUUUAGGAAGAUUGGUUAAACCUGGAGGUAACAAGAAAACACUAUGCGUUUAUUUGUACUUGGAUGUCAAGGAUCAAAAGGAUAUUGAAGGUUGGGAAACGGACCCAUUCACUAUGGUUGAAAAAGACGCGAAGUAUUAUGGAGCUGGAGCAGCUUCUUCAAAGGGAAAUUUUUUGUGUUGGAUGCACUGCCUUGAGUCGUUUCAAACUGAGAACAUCGAAAUUCCCGUUAAUAUAAAGUUUAUCUUAGAAUCAGCAUACACGCUCAACAGUCCAGGAAUGAUGAAAUUUUUGGUCGCCAAAAAACAAGACUUUUUCAACGAUAUAGACUACGUGGUUACGAAUAUUUCAGAAUGGCUGGGUCCAAAAUACCCAAGUAUAGUAUACGGCGGCGUAGGGUAUUUGUAUUUUACAUUGACCGUCCAAAAAACUGAGGAUUCCACAACAGAAAUUGAAGAUGACGCUCAAAAUAUAUUUAAAACAAUGGUUAACGAAAAGAAUAGAAUAACAAUUCCGCAUUUUAAUGAUUUUGUCGAUCAAGUAACCCCAGACGAAGAGAGGGUGUAUGAAUCUAUUAAAAAUUUUGACCCGGAAGAAAUAAUACCUCUUUUACCUCCAAACAAACAGAAAUGGGACAAAGUUCGAAUUCUCAUGGACUUUUGGAGACAACCGUCCAUGAGCGUAGACGAGUCGCAAAAAUGCAUUUGCCCCGACGAAAUGCCCAUAAUAAAGCAAGAAUUCACCGUGAAAGUUGUACCGAAACAAAUUUUAGAGCAUUCCGUUAACCUCGUUAAUACGCACGUUAAAAAUACCGUCAACAAGUUGAACAUCAAAAAUAAAGUCGAAGUUGCGUUGGUGGCUUCGGUGAAACACUGGCAGGAGAGCAUGUAUCAAAAUUUGUACCAGGCAGCCAGAAGAGCAACUAUUCAAAUCUAUAAGGAAGACCCAGAUAUGAUUCGUGAAGACAGAGGUAGAGUUAUUAUAACAAUUUUGAAGAUAGUGUUUGAGAAACCAGUACUUUGCAUGCCCUUAAUACCCCAUGGUUGUAAUAAAAAAGUGGCCAAUGAACAUAUACCAAAAAAGAAUUUCAUGGAAGCAACCAAACUCCUAGCGGCUUUUCUGUUGCAAGUAAAGGACAUGAAAAAAUAAACCAAUAAAUU